ACAACACCCUCACAAGUCUCUCUUCUUAGCUAUAUCAACUAAAGAUGAAGUACCAACACUGGAUAAAAACACUCCAAUCUCCCAUAUAGACCGCAAUGGCGUCUGUAGCUCCCCAGUCGCCGCCGUUGUCGCUGUCGAUAAUUCGCCAACUGCCGCCUACAUCCGGUCCUGCAACCCACGGGCCGGGACUUGUGGCUUUCCCUUCUUAUUCGAAGAGGUCGCCGUCCCGCGUGGUGUCGGUGUCGGCAGUGGGCGAGGUUUCGGCCGAAGGAAACACGUAUCUAAUCGCUGGCGCCGCUGCGGUGGCACUCCUCGGCACUGCCUUCCCCAUCUUGUUCUCUCGCAAGGACCUGUGCCCAGAAUGCGACGGAGCCGGAUUCAUCAGAAAAUCGGGCGCGGCAUUGAGGGCGAACGCGGCGAGGAAGGAUGAGUCUCAGAUUGUGUGUCCUCGUUGCAAUGGGCUUGGAAAGCUAGGCCAAAUAGACAAGUAGAAACAAAUAUAUGUUUCACUAUGGCGCAUAUUAUAUAUUGAAGUUUCAGCUUAAUCUUUCUCACCUACGAAGAGAGCGCGCACUAUUGCUGUUCCAAGAAACAAGUGUGACAUUUGCGCAUUAAGUUGUUGUUGUCUAUUAAUUCCAUGUACUGUUAUGUUCAUUCUCAUUUGUAUAUUUCAAAAAUGAACGUUUAUAUAUAUCCAUGUCAAAUUCCUUCA